AGGUCCAACACUUUCAGUACUCGUGAGUUGUGUAGUGCGCAAAUCGUGCCAUCUGGGGUUGCAGCAACUUUCAAAAUAUUAUUGAUAGAAGAGAGGAGAUUUCGUGAUUGCGCGGACGAUGAAGUCCUUCCCACGGCGUGUGGUGUUCCUGAAAGUGCAGAGGUAUUUUGUGCACCAUCUGAAGAAUCGAUCGGACAGCAUUUUGAGGUUAUGGAUGGAUCAGUGCGAGUACAUUCUGUCGCAGCGCCUUCGCCGGGGCCAGCAGAUGCUGUCGCUGUACACGAAGAUCUGUGGCGAUGCGGAGUUCCGGGAGCUGCUCAGUCGCCUGCGUCGUCAUGUGCAGCGCCACGCGAAGGGCAUCAUGAUGGGCGCCGCGUUGUUCACGUUCAACUGGAAUGAGGAGCGAAUCACACUGGAGUCCGUGCGGGAGCACUUUGAGGGCAUUGACUUCGUGGAGGAGUUGAAGAGGUCAACACUCAUCUGCAAGAAGUGCUACAAGCGCCGCGUGAUUGACAAGAAAAUCGAUGGCAUUGACUAUUGCCUCUGCGGCGAGGCGCUGAAGCGGUGCUCCGGCGAUUGGGAGCCGUAUUUGGAGCGCGGCAGCAUGAUCAUUUGGCGGCGUGCACAGAAGUGCGGCAAGUUCGCGUACAAAGUGUACGGCGAGUAUCCAGAUGUGUCGGCCGAGGACUUCCUGCACGUGCAGACGGAUCUGGAGUACAGGCGUGAGUGGGACUCCACGGCGAUCGCGCUGGAGCUGAUUGACACGGACAUCUCGCCCGGAUCCAGCAGUCAUGUGAUCUAUUGGGAAAUGCUGUGGCCGAAACUCUUCGCCAAUCGCGAUUACGUGUACAAUCGCCGGACGUUUGUGGACAAGAAGCGCCAAUUGAUUGUGAUUGCCAAUCGGAGCACGCAGCAUCCGAAAUGUCCGGCCAAGCCGACAAAUCAGCGCGUGUCGGAUUACUGGAGUUACAUGGUUAUCAAGCCGUAUAAGUCCUUCGGACGUCCAGGACUCAAAUUCGUGCUUACAUACUUCGAUGAUCCGGGAAUUGUGAUGCCACCGGCGCUGACUUCGUGGGUGGCGCGAAAGCAGAUGCCUGAGUUCCUCAAUAAACUCUACAAUGCCACGCUGAAGUAUGCGCAGAAGAGGCGCGACGAGGAAGUCGAGGCCAUCAACAGACUGUACUCGUACGAGAAGCUCCGUGAUCCCGGAUACGAAUAUCCGCCGGAUCCGGAGGUGAAGGAGAGCAAGAGGGACGACAAGCCGUCCUCGUCGACGUCUUCUGGUGGCGAGAGACACUCCAUACUCGAGGAGGCCGACGAGGAGCCGGCGGAGGGCGACCAGAAGAGCAAAUCGUGGUGGAGAUUCUUUCAUCCCUACUAUUAUUUCGCCUAGGCAAAAAAAAACAUGCUC